AUGAUAGACUUUUUAGAGGAUCUACUGUCUUCGUUGAAUGCUACCAAUCUAAUUGACAACCAAGCAUUCAUUAAAAGGAUAUGGGACAGGUCAAAGCAACUGGAAGCUGCUGAAAACGACGAUGAAAGCAGAAAACUAACACAAUACGUAAAAGACAUCUGCUUCAAUGUCCUGUGUAGAGACCAGCAAUGGAAGGACACCAAUUCAUGGACUUACUUGCAUAUUAUUACGGCAUUAUUCAAAACCUGGUUAGAUUCUGAUAAUAUCAUCUACAUUGAAGAGAAACUGAUCAAAGAGAUGAAAAAGUACAACGACAUUGAUUUGAACAGUGAUUUACCGGAUUGUUGCAUCAGAGAUAUUAUCAAAUGUUACAUAUAUCAGUCAGAAUACGCUUCUCAUUCUGAAAAAUGGCCUGAAUGCACAGAGUUCUUUGAAAAGGCCACUCAUCUUGUGCUUUCCAUGUCUUCAAGCGACAAAUGUAAUGAGGUCGCCUAUCUCAGUUAUUUGGUUCUCGAUACUGCGACAAGUAUGUCAAAGUCAGUGUCUAAAUCAUCCGUAGAUGUGCUUACUUGGGUGUUUGAUGCGCUUGCUAAGAUUCUGAAUUGCAAGGGAAGCGUCUCGCUGCCAAAGUACCUUCAUAUAGCUUUACUAGACCUGAUUAUACACGUGUGCGAAAAGGAUACCCAUAUCUUACGAUGUGAAGCCAUGAAAAGUGCAUUAGCGACAUUCGACGAAAUAUUUUCUCAAAGCAUGAAAACCGAUACGAGAUUCUAUCUAUCCAGAAUACAUAUCCAGCUCAAAGCGGUUUCUCUAUUAAGCGAGUCUCUUCACAAGGCGUUACAAGCUGAAUACUUCAAAAUGGUUGAAAAUGUUGUCAUUGCUGUGGAUGAACUGAACAUGUACAUUACCAAAGACAUUUUAUAA